AUGGCGGUGCCCGGUUUGGGACAACUCUCAACUCCCUAUGCAUUGGAAAAUGGAGGGCGGGCAUCAGCAUUCCUACUAGUAGGAAUUGGAUCAGUGUGUGCCUACACUUCCUGCCUACUUGGGAAAUGCAUGCACAAGAACCCUAAAUCAAGAGACUACAAAGACAUAGGGUAUGAUGCAUUUGGAUCAAAAGGAAGAAUUAUAGCAACUACUUUCAUCUACCUAGAGAUUUUCAUGGCCCUUGUCCCCUACACCAUAUCACUCCACGACAACCUUGCCAACGUCUUCACCGCCUUCACUCUGAGCUCGAGCCAUCUCUCCGCGUCUCAGCUGUUGGCGCUGAUCGCUGUCCUGGUCGCCCUUCCAAGCUUGUGGCUAAGGGAUCUUUCCUCCAUCUCUUUCCUCUCGAGUGCCGGCGUCCUCUCUCUUCUGAUCUUCACGAGCGUGGCCUACACCGCGGUUUCUGGAGCCAUCCGAGCUUUGCUGAUCUACAUUCCAGUUCUGCACCUAAGCAAAAUUCCUGCAAUUUCAGGGCUCUAUGUGUUCAGCUUUGCUGGUCACAUAGUUUUCCCCAAUUUGUACAAUUCCAUAAAUGAUCCUUCCAAAUUCACUAAGUGCUGCCAUGCAGCUCGAGCAAAGCCUCCCCCCAUCGUUCAAAUCCAGAACGAGGAUGAUCAUACGGGGGGCAGUGGGCUCGAUUCUACUGCUCAUCAUACUCGUGCUAGCACUCUCCGUGCCAUACUUCGAGCACGUCCUCAGCCUCACGGGCUCCCUAGUCAGUGUCGGAAUUUGUAUAAUUUUUCCAUGUGCUUUCUAUUCCAGGAUAUUCUGGAGACAGAUUUCGACACGUCAGCUGCUGCUUAA